AUGCUGCUGUUUGUGAUCAGCUUCACCGCUUUGGUGUGCACCGCCGCUGCACGGCCUUCACUCAGCUACCUGGAGAAUCAUUUCAUGGCUGAGAAUGAGUCAGAGGAAGUACGCUCAGCUGCUAUCAAGAGACUUUUGGAAGUUUUUGGGAUGGAGGACCCCCCUGCUAUCCAUGGACGCAAGCAGCCACCUCAGUACAUGCUCGAUCUGUACAACACGGUUGCUGAUGUGGACGGUGUGACCAAAGACCCGUAUCUUCUGGAGGGGAAUACUGUGCGCAGCUUCUUUGACAAAUUGCGCAGUGAGCAGGUGGAGUUCAGGUUCAAUCUGUCCACAGUUGCCAGAACUGAGAAGAUUCUCACUGCAGAGCUCCAUCUUUUCAAGCUGCGACCUCAGGCAACACUGACAUUCAACAGGCACCAUUUCUGCCAGGUUAGUGUCUAUCAGCUGCUCCACACCAGCAAAAACAAUACACAGGGAAAGAAGCUGCUGUCCUCUCGACUCAUCCCAGUCCACUCUACUGGUUGGGAAGUGUUCACCAUCACACAAGCAGUCCGCUCCUGGAUGAUAGAUGAAGGCAGUAACCUCGGGCUCCAUGUUGUGGUUCGGACCCUGGGAGGAAGCCAGAUGGAUCUGAAGCUGAUCCGCUUUGCUUCAGGACGCAACCACCACCAGAGCAAACAGCCCAUGCUGGUCCUGUUUACUGACGAUGGCCGCCGCUCUACUACUCUUGAAAGCACAGACCCAAAUGAUUCCACAGCCUCUUCCAGCCUGCCCCUGGCCCCCAUGUCAGGUCCAUCCUCCCGCAGCGCUCGCUCCGUGGACUACAGUGAGGAGGAAGGUGCGUCUUCGCCCUGCCAGCGCUUGCCCCUCUACGUCGACUUCGAGGAGAUCGGCUGGUCGGGCUGGAUUGUGUCUCCCCGAGGCUACAACGCUUACCACUGCAAAGGCUCCUGCCCCUUCCCUCUGGGUCAGAACAUGAAGCCGACCAACCACGCCACCGUUCAGUCCAUCAUCAACGCCCUGAAGCUGAUCAAAGGCAUUGAAACGCCGUGCUGCGUGCCGGACAAGCUCUUCUCCAUCAACUUGCUCUACUUUGAUGAUGAUGAGAAUGUGGUGCUGAAACAGUAUAAUGACAUGGUGGCUGGAAGCUGUGGCUGCCACUGA